GUCAUUUUCUCAUGUAGCAGCGGGGGAGACAGCAAAGCAGGACAAAAAGCAGAGAGAAUGAGAGGAGGAGGACUCUGAACAGUCGUUACGUCAUUUGUUAGUGUUAGGAACAGAUUUAUUGUCCUCUGGAGAAUCUCUUCCUGGUUGUGUGUGUAUAUGCGAGCUGGACGUACAGGAGGAAAACAGUACAGCUGACACGGGAGAGGAACCUUACCUAACAAGAUAUUUUCACCUUCUCAACCAUCAUGUCUCAGCCAGGACAGGGAGAGGAUGAACAAAUGCAGCGUCCUGAGGUGAGUGAAGACGAUCUGACUGAGGCAAAGGGCAAACUGGGCAGUGGUGGGCCAGCAAAGAGCAAGACGUUUGAAGUAAUGGAGGAGUGCGCCAAAGUGGGUAAAGCUGCUCCCUCUGUGUUCAGUGGCGCGAGGUCCGGAGCAGAGACGGUUUUGAACACACGUUCAGCUCGACCGGUCAGAAAGUAGCUGAGGGACUUUCUGACCAUGAGAUGACGACACCUGUUCCAUGUUAGGGGGGUUUGGUAUACGUUGAUUUACAGCUGUAUUUACACUUCAGUCUGUGAACCAUCGUGUUAAAAUAAAUUUGUAGUGGCCUGGCUUUGUUAAUCUUUGUCCUGCUUGUGUUUGGGCUCUUAACUGGUUUCUCCAGGUUUUAACAAGUCAAACUUUAAGACUAUUCAAAACCAUAAUGAAUGAAAUUUAAGAUUUGUGUAGUGUGUGACAGAUAUGAUGGAAUAUCUCAGAAUAAGUUACAUUUAGCUGUUAUGAGUAGGUGAAGUAGCACAAUAAAUA